UGGGUAGUGACUUCCUUGAUGUCCAUACGCUGAUGAUCAAAUAGCGAUGCUGUCUGCCAAUGCUCGACGUGUGUGGACGCUGGUACGCACCCCAUGCGGCGCCGCCUCCUUUGCCAGCAAAAGGAGGAGCCGAAGCACCAGUGGCAACGCCGCAAUUUCGCCCGCUGGUCAGAAGCAGCGCCAGCAGCUGAACCGCCUUCGAUCGGCGCUGGCCACCAAGACGCUUCAGGAGAUGCCACUACCCACCGCCUCCGUAAAGAAACCCGUACAAACUGUUGAGCCGCUGGACGCCGGUGCCAAAAAGCGUCAGAAGCAAUUCGCGCAUAUGCUACGACGGAAAGAGGCGAAAGACGCUCGCGUCAAGCACCUGCCGCUGUUCCGCGAGGGCUCAGCGUUAUUCCAGCGUUUCGGGGAGAGGACACUGGGCGACUAUGACAACCUCCCAACCACCAGCUUUGAUGGGCCCAUCGCAGUCAUCCACUCGGAGCAGGAGGAGCUGGAACAUGCAGAAUAUCUUAGGGAGCAGAAGGUCGUGGGCGUCGAUACCGAGGCCAGGCCGGACUUUCACCCGCUCAAGGGGGCGAAGGGCAACCCCGUGUGCUUGAUCCAGAUUAGCACACUGGAACGGGCGUUCCUGUAUAGAUUACAACGAGGCAAACCGCUUCCUCCGGUGCUACAGGGGCUGUUCAUUGACCCUGAAGUAUUGAAAGUCGGUCACUCGCUGAGCGACGAUUUCCGUCAAUUGAAGUCGUCGGAGCUCGUGCAGGCAGUGAACUCGACGAUAGACACGCUGUAUAUCACACACAAACUUGGAUGCAAGCGACCGGGACUUAAAACGGCGUGUCAAGUGUUUCUUGGAGGUUCACUGGAUAAAGAGAUGCAAGUGUCGGACUGGGAAGCGCCUGCUCUGAGUGACGCACAGAUCAGCUACGCGGCUACAGAUGCAUGGGCACCACUGAGAGUUUUGUUGGCGAUGAUUCAAUUGAAGGAUACGAAGGAAUUGUUACGGACAAAGAGCUACAACUCGUCAGCGCAGACGAUUAUCAACGAGAACCAUGACGUUUUACUUGGUAAACUGCUAUCGUUUGCGCUUCGUCACCAGGUACCUAAGUUGAAGUAGCCUGAGAUCGAAUAGAAUUUGUGUUUACAGUUUUCAUUCCCACAUAUACCCAACGUACUGAAGCAGUUCGUUGAGCACGACCUGCUCCAAUAGUUGAGCUGUGAUGUAUCACCCUCGCGUAAGAGCGGCUGCUGAAGCAACUCCGGUGCCGACACAUGAGUGUUUGGAUUCUUGUCGAAACACAACAACAAGAAGUCGUGUGCUGUGGCCAACAUGUGAUCCGGGUGCUCUGAAGUAGUGAUCGCAGAAUGUGGAUCAUGGCAGUUCCAAUCGAUCAAAUGGGUUCACAAUUUCGAUAAGGGAUGCAAGUACACUGACAUAAGACACUCGAAUAAGGCACACAUUUUGUCACGGUUGCUUGAUGCAGGCUAUCCAAAUCAAUAACGCAAAAUUAUUGAGUUGGUCUGAAUCGCUAACUCAGUUGCUGGAA